AUGAUUCAUCUCACCGGGCAGAACUACUCCUCCAAGGAGACUAUACAAAACAUAUUUUCACCGAUGGUAGGCGCAAUCGUAUCUCAACAAGCGGAGGAACUUUGCCAAAAGAAUAAUCUUUCGUUUGUGGAGAUGUUGCAACCCUUUUUAAGGCUCUCUUCCGAUGCUCACUUCAGGGAUGUUGGCGGAACGAGCGUAUCGAUCAAGGGACUACGUAUCAACUUGGUGGACGUUAACUGGCGGCCACCACAAACGAUACUGGCAAAGAAAAUGUUAAAUGAAGCCGUCACUUCUGCGCUCGGUGGUGACAAGAUGAAAGCGAUCAAGCUUGAUGAUGGUGCAUUCGUAGACAUACCAGCCGCUGAGCCGUGGUUUGAGCAAUGGCGAGAGACAUUCCUAACAGUACAGUUCCCGGCGGAUCAUGAGUUUACGCGACACUUGCUCUGCUCGCUCAUAGUGGUUUCAAGCAUAGAUCCAAAUCCAAUCGAAACUGCAAGUCAGUUGACAAAAAAAAUUCAGAUGAUGCAAAACAUAACACCACCCCGUCUGCCAAAGUGGUUCUCUAGCGAUGCUCUAAAUUGCUACGUGAUGCUGCACGAUGGAUGUUCCGGUGAUAUUGGAAAAGCACAACAAGCAUUCGAUGGGCUGAAAUCUACAUAUGGGGAGCAUAAAUGUUUCCUUCUACAGAUAAAUUCACACGGUGGACCACCGGCCGACUGUCCCGAUCCAUGGCUGCGCUAUCUGAAAAAGCAUCACCGAUCGGAGCAAUCUAUAACGAGUGACAUUGACAGUGCUCCAAAAACGCCGCAAGAUAUGGGAUCCGUUACGGGAAUGCCGAUCACGGUGGUUCAGUCUUCUAAUAUGCUACUGCACGCUGGUGUUGCAAGUAGUGGUAGCAGUAGUGUGUCUUCAGACACCCCACCUUCCGGAAUCGUCGUUGGUGAAGUUAUUGCCCAUCCGCUGAGUCCAGUGCAGGAGACUGGGGUCGAGUUGCAAGAAACGUCUAGCCUUACGUCGAGCAUAGACAGCUUAUCGUUGCAGACCAUCAAUCCUAACGUAUGGCCAGUAGAAAGCGAUAUUGAGGUAGCCCACGGAUCAUUUCUAACGGCGGGAGAUUUGGACAAUUUGAAACAUUUCGUCCAGGAUUUCGCUGUACGAGCACUGAUCCCGUUCGUUGAGAGAUUAGUGGGCGUUCUAAAUGAUGCCAUAUCCAACAAAAAAGGGGUUAGCCGGUCAUUGUUGAGUGCCACCAAAAGAUGGUUCGUGACGAACAAACCUGGUGUUAACACCAACCAGAACGCCGUCGUUUACACGAACGAAUCAACUGAGCUGCAAACGCGAAAAUUGGGUGAUCUGUACUUUAUGUUCAAUCAUUAUUCACUCGCAUUCCAGGCGUACCAUCAAGCCAAACGAGAUUUUAACGCGGAUUCGGCGUGGCAGUAUUAUGCUGGUGCACUCGAGAUGGCGGCUUUGGCUGCGCAUAUGCAAGGCACGGCCAGUCGAAAAACGUACGACUAUAUGGAGGAAGCUAUAUUGACCUAUUUGAAUAGCUGCAAGUUGCCUCAGUUUGCUACCCGUGCUACUUUACUUUCCAUGGAAUGUCUGCGAUCUGCUAAGCUGUUCAGUGAAGCUGCUAAACAGCUUAUACGCAUGACGAGCGAAGAUUCGGAUCUCCGUUCAGCCUUGCUGCUAGAACAGGCAUCGUAUUGUUUCCUGUUAGCAAAUCCACCUCAGUAUCGCAAGUACGCUCUGCAUUGCGUACUGGCUGGACAUCGGUUUUCAAAGGUUGGCCAGCGAAAGCAUUCGUUCCGCACGUAUAAGCAAGCGUACCAAGUGUUCGAGAAUCGCGGUUGGAGUUUGGCCGAAGAUCACAUCCAGUACACGAUCGGUCGACAGGCGUCGAAUUUAAAAAAAUUGGAUGAAGCAAGCAACUGUCUAGCUCAUCUGCUUCGUCCCUCAAGCAUGCAGACGGCAGCCCAGCAAACGCUCUUCCUACGGGAAUACCUCAGCACAAAGAAAGCGCUCCAGUCGAAAGGUGGUGAGGAAGUGGGCGACAUCCCCUCAAUAGCGUUGCCGAAAAUUGUGCAGCCCAUGACGAAAGUGCUUGUAACGUCACCGCCACCCGUGUCUAAUCCGUUGCACGUAGCAGCUACCAAUAUUAGCAUCACGGCUGCUUCGUUGAACGAAAAUGUGUGGAAUAAGAUGGAAGAAAUGUUGGUGCUGAGCGCGUCCGAUCGUCCGGUAAUGGUGUUCCGACCAUCAAAGUCACUUUUUUCAACCGAAUCGCCAGCUGCUGAAAAUCCACGAUCCGUGCAUGGCGAACCAAUCGAGGUUGCAUUUAACCUGGAAAACACUAUCAAACCAGCAGUGCUGUUCGAAAAUAUUAACCUUCUGUGGGAAUUCCGCAAAGAAUCAGGCGAAAUAUUUUCCAACCGACCAUUGUUCCUGGGCGAUGUCAGUCUGGAGGAACGGUCGGAUAUUGAGAAUGUCGUCGCCACUAGCUUUGUGGCUCUGGUAACGUUCGCCGAGCAUGAAACGAAAACACUCGUGCUAAAGCUUACUCCAAGAAGCACUGGACAGCUACGGAUAUUGGGUAUUGUCGGAAAGCUAUCAGCCGCCUCGCCAGCGGGUCCGGGAGAGGCUCCUUCUCUUUGGGGUAAGCAGAUGUUUGAAACGCAACCGAUUCGGAUCCCCAGUUCCGUCGGUAAGGACGGUGGCAAAGCGCCUACGACGGUUUCGAUGUUUGAUCGAAAGCUUGAAAUAGAAAUACUUCCACCGGCACCGGCAUUGCAUGUUAGCUUUAGCAGGACUCCUGCCGAAGUGUUAGCCGGAGAAGUAAUUCCGAUCAGGGUAAACAUGACUAAUGCGGGCGUUAGCAUGUUGAACGACAUCUACGUUUGCAUCGAUAAUCCGCGUUACGUGUUGCUGAAUCCAAGCGAAGCAGAUAUACCACUAUCGAUAAGGCGCGAUUUCCAGAACCUAGCCAAUAAAAAUGUCGGUCGAGACCGUGAAGCUCGCAAGCAGUAUGUCUGCAGAGCGUUCCGCGAAGCUGAUGGGAAUUUUAUCGCUCCGAAUGAAACCAAAACGACUACACUGUGGCUGCAAGCACCAUACUCAAAGGGACCGAAGGAUAUCAAAUUGAUGAUCUACUACGCAAUGCCACAGGACUAUCCUAAGAUGAAACAUCGGCUUGUACGGCAUACGUGGAAGUUUAAUGUGAAUGAUUCCCUACUGGUCGAUGCAAAUUGCAAUUUAAGCAAUCCAACUAAGCGUGAGCUAGGCAUUGAUGUUAACGUGAAAAAUCUGAAUCAGGUACAUCACCCACUGAUGACAGAAAUUACGAUCAACGAUCUGUUUCUUUUUUGUUCGGUGUACGAACUACAACCGAAGAGAGUGGUUUAUAUAAAAACGCCGGGCCACACGAAAUUGCAGGCAGGCGAGGGAUUGAAAACGAACGAAACAUUCAGUUUGAGAUGCAACCUGCAGCGGCGUCCGUUGGAUAUUGCUUACGAUGGUAAUUUCGAGCGAUAUGUAACUCAAAAACUGUCUUCGAUUUCGAUUCGGACACCAGAAGCGGAAGCGCUGGCUACCUUACCCUCGGUGGAUGCGGUGGGGAGUUUUUUACUGAAGAAUGAAACGAAGUACAUCCGCGUGUACGAGCCGAGCAGUAACGAAGAGUUUAAUCAGAUCAUUAACCAGAGCGACAAGCACAUGACUUUGUGCGUCAACUGGUCGGCCACAAUCAAUGACAAUGGUGCAUCACGCAAGGCAUACGGGCAGCAUUUUUUGCAGCUGAGAAACCUUUACGAUUCUGCCUUUUGUCCGUCCUCGGAACGAUUGCAGCAAAUCACGUUUGUAGGACAAUCGAGUUUUUAUGGUAUUUUUGAUGACCUGGAUAAAGUUAUACCGCCCGAGGAUCAUGAUGUGGACAGUGGGUGGGGUGUUAAUCAAAGUUUUGUGGCACAGAGGUGUUUCCUAGAGGAAAGCUUUCACUCAGUGGAGCUACGAACAUAGGCUAUAAUGAUUUGAAAACAUAGUUUCGUCAAAUUCUUUUGUUAGUUGGAUAGAUACUAUGUACGUUGGUUAAUAAAAAAGUCAUUUUAAAUCUACAU